UACGAGACAGCAUUGAAUUUUAUCCAGCUCAUUCAACUUGUAGACUUAUUAACUCGAAAUAACUUUUCGCUGUACUUUCAAGUUAUACGGAUUGGGAGUCAGGUUUUAGUGUUGAUAUCGAUUGCAUUUGGAUGGUCACUCUUCAUGUAUUUCAUUCUUGAAACUUGUAUUUACAUGCAUUCAGCGUUUGUGCUUAUUGAUUAUCAUCUCGACAACAAUAAACUCAAUCAACUGGAUUCAAAUGAUAUUGAACAGAUUAUAUUAGCUCGUAACACUUAUUCUGAAUCCAUCAAGCUCAUUAGUUGCGCUGAUAAUUUACUCUCUUUUUUGAUUACUGGAUUCUACAUAUUUUUUGUUGGCUAUUGUUUUGCCAUUAUUGGACAAUUUUCAAUGUCUGAUGGCACAUUCAUAGAUGUCUUAACUGUCAUCUUCAGACUGUUCGGUGAAACCAUUUAUAUUGGCUCGAUGACACAUUACCUUGUAAACAUUAAUAAGCUUUCUGAUAAAAUAUUUGAAAAGGUUUAUUCUCUGACUUUGAACAGGUCAAGAACAGUUGAAUAUAAUGAUGAGAUCAAUCUGUUUCUGCUUCGAGUUGGUCGAAAUGAUGUUGGAUUCAGAUUUGCCAAUCUGUUCGUUAUGACACCUGCUUUCGUCUCUUCUUUGGCCACUAUUUCAUUGACUUUGGUUUUAACUCUUCCGAGUUUAUUGCACUAGAACUAUGAAAUUCUUUUAAUCGUUAGUAAGAACUGUGACUCGAAAUGCUUGUGAGAAUGCAAAAGGGAAGAUCAUUUAUGACAAUAUAAUUAUUUUUCUGAUAAAAUACUUUGAGAGUACACAUGUAUAAUAAUGGGUCGCUCUAGUACAAUUCAAGUUUUCGCAUCACAAUUUUGCAUAAAAAUUCUUCGAUCCCUUUCUUUCUUUUUUUCAUUUUACUGUACAUAAUGACAAACACAGUAUACAUAUGAAAUUGUGCAAUUUUGAACAAAUCACGGCCGAUUCAUGAUAAUCUUUAAAAAUUUCAGUUUGAACUAGCAUGUAAAUAAUUUCAAUUCGACAAAAACUUAGUCUUAAAUCAACUAUCAAAUUAUUUAAGUCAGAACUAACUGACUUCAGUCACUUUGUACCAAUCUAGAUUUAAAGCACUUGAAGUAAAGGGCAUAGUUCACUAAUUGAUUUUACGAUAACUGUCAUUCAUUCUUUCAUGUAUUGAUUAUAAAGGUUAUGAAGUCCAUUGAAUAUUCAUGUUGACACAUGAAUGACACAUGUUCAUGGCGUUAGACAAUAAACUGGAAAUUAAUUGCAAACUACUUAUGUUUACAGUACAAAGA